UUGCAUCAUUGUUACACUAGCCAAUAUUUAGUUUGUAUCGGCAAAAAGAACAAACCAAACCACAAUCCAGAAUAGGUUAUGACAAGAAUAUGGCAGAAAAAGAGGUUGAAGUUGCUUAUUCUAGAAUAAUGCUUCUUGGAUCAGCUGGAGUUGGGAAAACAUGUUUCACUCGAUCGCUCAUGGAAAAACCCUUUCUAAAAGAUACCGACAGUACUAUAGUGUCAAAAGUUCAUUCUGUAGCACCAGUUAGGCAAUCAAAUAAGUCAAAUACUCCACCAGAUCAUUAUAGGCCAGAUGAUUAUUCUUCACCAGAUUGUUAUAGGCCAGGCCCAGAUGAUUAUCCUUCACCAUAUAGACCAGACGAUUAUCAUUCACCAGAUCGUUAUAGGCCAGGCCCAGAUGAUUAUUCUUCACCAUAUAGACAAGAUGAUUAUCCUUCACCAGAUCGUUAUAGGCCAGGCCGAGAUGAUUAUCCUUCACCAUAUAGACGAGAUGAUUAUCCUUCACCAGAUCAUUAUAGGCCAGGCCAAGAUGUUUAUCCUUCACCAUAUAGACGAGAUGAUUAUCCUUCACCGGAUCAUUAUAGGCCAGGCCGAGAUGAUUAUCCUUCACGAUAUUAUUGUAAUUAUAGGCCAAAUGAUUAUAAUUCACAGGAUUGUUAUAGGUCAGAUGAUUAUCCUUCACAGGAUCGUUAUAGGCCAGAUGAUUAUGAUUCACAGGAUCGUUAUAGGUAUGGGAAGCAAAAUAAUUAUGGAAAUCCAAGUUAUAGACCAGAUAAUCCGGAUGAUCAUAAAGAAUUUUAUGGAGGGCAAGCAUAUGAAGAUUUUACUCCCAAGCAGUACAUGCAGAGUCAAUCAGAUUGUCAUCCGGAGAAAGACCGUAAGCAUCGUCCAGUUCAGUACAGUGCUCACAUGCUUAGUGAUAAAAGAUGGAAAGAAGUUGAUGAAAAUGACGAAAUUGAGGAAGUUGCCCGUUUAAUUGCUGCAGUUUAUGAAAAUGCCUCCGGUUCUGAAGAUCUUCGUACUGCAGUAGCUGCUUUGUCGUUGUAUAAAGUAGAUUCAUCACUGAGCCUUUCAGAAUUAUCAGUUCGAGAAAUUCAAAAAAAAGAAGUUGAUUCGUUUCUUGCAAAAGCAAUAAAACGUGCUCAAGAGAUUGAGCCAGUGCCAAUACAAGAUGUAAAGCCUCAGCCGUUCAUGCACAUCUGGGAUUGUGGAGGGCAGGCAGUGUUUUUGGAGAUUCUUCCAGCUUUUCUUACGCCACGCACAAUGUUUUUUCUUAUAUUUAAUGCAGCUAAGAGCCUAGAUGAGAAAUGGGAAAAUAUUCGUAAUGCAAAAGGAAUAAUGGUAUGUGAUGAAGUAGAAAAUGUUUCUACUAAAAAUUUGCUUUUUAAUUGGAUGACAAAUAUUCAUCAUCACUUGGCUCAACUGGAUGAAAGAGGAGCCUUUCUCAGUUAUCCUCGUAUUUAUUGUAUUGGUACACAUGGUGACCAAAUAAAUCAUGAUAAGCAGAUAGCCACUAUUGAAAAGAUGAAGAGCACUUACAAAGAUAAAGCUUUUUCUUACCUGAUAAAAAAGGUGCUUAUUGUUGAUAACACAACUGCCGGCAGCGAUCAAAAUUUUUCAACCAUUCGAGGUGAAGUUAUUGACUUCACCUCCAACAAGCUGAUUGUCAAGACACCAGUGAGCUGGGUGUUGUUUCGUAAAGUUUUUAAAAUGCUUGAUAAGAAGGUUAUUAGCUUAAAAGAGGCUCAUGAAAUUGGUUUAGCAUGUAAAAUUCCUCUCAAUGAUGUUCCUAAAGCUCUUCUUUUCUAUCAUGAUCUUGGAGUUCUCCUUUACUAUCCGUUUAUCCAAGGUCUUCAAAAUAAAGUUAUCAUAAAUCCUCAGUGGUUUGUUGAUACUCUUGGAAAAGUCUUUACACUUGAGGGCAGAGAAAACCAAAAUGCAACAGAAGCUAUGUGGAGCUUAUUACGUGAAAAAGGUAUUCUUGUCCAGCCUUUGUAUCAAGAGGUUUGGGGAGAUUGCAAAGAAAUUGAGGCUGAUGAUUUGAUGGAGCUUUUGGUUCAUUUUCGACUUGCUGCUGAAGUUGAAACAGAUCAAUUUUUCAUACGUAAUGCUAAGCAAUAUUUCCUACCUGCUGUGCUAAAGUCGUAUGAUAUUUCAUCUUCACAAUCAUCAUCUGAUGAUGAACCAGUUGCCCGAGCAACUAACCUUCACAUAACUUUUAGCACUGAUUUCGUUCCUCCUGGUUUUUUUACUCGUUUUAUCACGUCAUUUGCCAAGGCCUCACUGUGCAAAAUUUGUUUUGAAGCGAGUCCUGGUGUUUUUCGAAACCGUAUUAUGUUUAAAUAUGGCAACCCAGAUAUCAAUGAAGUUACUGUCACUGAUCUUUGUGGCACAAUUCAAGUUAGUGUUGAGCGUUACAUUGAUGCACAAAAUGUAACAGCUUUUAGUAAUACAUGCCAAGAGUUAAAAAAGUUACUGGAAAAAUGUUGCAAUGAAGUGGAUGAAGCUCUAGCCAGUCAAUGUAAUUCUUCAAAAAAAAUUGAACUAGAAAGGAGAUUUUGUUAUGAGUGCACUGCAUGUGAUAAAUACGAGCUUCAUUUUAUUUCUACUGCCUCAGGUCAAACAGCUGACCUACCUCUUCAUUGUAAAAAAAAGAAAAAACAACGGCGACCAACUCCUGAAGAAUCUUAUUGGUUUCCUGAAGGAGAGCAGACAGCUCAAAAUGUGCCGGUGUGUCUUGAUGAAAAAGAAAUGGUCAUGAUAUCGCAAAGAGUUAGUGAUAAAGCUGAUUCUCUUGCUGCAGGCAUGAAUAUGCUUCAGAGUUUUAAAGCUCAUCGAAGAAACCAUCCAGAAAAUCCAAUGCUUUAUUUGCUGGAUGAGUGGACUAUGGGAGGAGGACGUAGAGAAGAUUUAGUUAAAACUCUUAAGGAUGUUAACCUUCUUUCACUUGCUGAUCAAGUUCAAAACUCCAAUUACAGAUCUAGAAAUGAAAGUGCUAGUAGCACAGGUUCUCGCCAACAAACAUUUGACCCACCUUCAGGUGCUGAGUCUUCUCCUGGCAUUGAAGGCACUAAAGCAAUUGAGUUUCAAGUUACAGAAGCUAUAAAAGCUGAUCAAAGUAAAAAGUUUGCUAAAAUGGUCUUGGAAGUAAUAAAGGAGUAUGAAAAAAGUAAAGAACCUGAUGAUCAAGCUAUUGUUAAUCAAGAUAAACAUGAAACACAAUCAGGGGAUCACCAUCAAGAGCACAGACAACAGAGAGUUGAACCUCAGCAAAGGCAACAACAGCAAAUACAACAAGAAGUUCAAAUUCAACAAGAAAGUCAACCUCAAGAGCAUAUUACAAGUGGCAUAUCCUUGGACAUAUCAGAUGAUGACCUGUUGCGAUCAGCUAAAUAUCUCAAACCUCAACAUGUCAAAAAAUUUGCUGAAGUUUAUGAUGAUGAUUCAAGAUACCUUCAUUCAGAAUUAGAAAAAUACGAAAACAGUGAUGCACAAACAAAAGCUUAUCAAGUCCUACGUGCAAUGCUGAGAAGAAAUCCUAACAUUAACCGCAAAAGUCUUCAGAAGAAAUUAUCAUUAUUGGGAUUUGAUGUUGCUGCCAAAAAUUUAUCAGAGAGCGGUAAUUGCUUGUUAUUAUAAGGAAACAAUAAUGGUUUUCACUAAACUUUGCUUUUUUGAUAAAAAUUUAAUGCUGUUACUUAAUUUUUAUAAUACU